CCAACAUAAAUAAUGUAUGCAUAUUAGGAAGUAAUCAGCACACAGUAGGCACUCCAAAUGUUGAUUCAGUGACACCCAGAUAUCCCAGUGCCUCAUAUCCCUUGUUGUCUUUCUUCCAACUUGACAGAGCCUACUGUUCUCUCUUCCCUGAGCUGCCUGUUUUGGGGCAUGGAACUGCCAACAAAGCCUGAUGUCUUUGACCUGGGCCUGGGCACAUGGAACCCCAGCUCAAAGGAGAGUCGAGAGGCUUGGUCACACCGCAAGGGUGUUGGCAAGCGACUGCCUGAGUACAAGGCGGUGGUGGUGGGUGCAAGUGGCGUAGGCAAGAGUGCAUUGACCAUCCAGAUGACCCACCAGUGCUUUGUGGAAGACCACGACCCCACCAUCCAAGACUCCUACUGGAAGGAGGUAGCCCUGGACCGGGGGGGCUAUAUUCUGAAUGUGCUAGACACUGCAGGGCAGGAAACUCACAGGGCCCUGCGUGACCAGUGCUUGUCAGUUGGUGAUGGUGUGCUAGGUGUCUUUGCUCUCGAUGAUCCUUCAUCUCUGACCCAGCUGCAGCAGAUAUGGGCCACCUGGAGUCCUCGCCACCCCCAGCCCCUAGUCCUGGUGGGCAACAAGUGUGACCUUGUGACCACCACUGGAGAUGCUCAUGCUGCUGCUGUAGCCCUGGCUCAAAGCUGGGGAGCCCCAUUCGUGGAGACCUCAGCUAAGACCCGGCAAGGUGUGGAGGAAGCCUUUUCCCUGCUCAUCCAAGAGAUCCAAAGGGUCCAGAAGGCCAUGGCAGUGUCACGUGAGGAGAAGUCCCAGCACCAGAAGGCCAUGUGCAGCUGUGGCUGCUCUGUGGCCUGAAGAUAUAGGUCUGGAAAGAUGGCUUCUCCCACAGGCCAGGGUGAUGAUUCCUUUAAUAUGAGACACCCCCUAUCAACUAGUAUCAUGGACACUGUUGGUGUAAUGGGCAUAGAUGGA